GGGUAUUUAAGAAACACUCAGUGUACAGGUCAGCAUUACAACAAUCUGUGGAAGUUGAAGUGGGAUCACUGAAACCAUGCUGAAGACAGCGGUCGUGUUCGUGUGCCUCCUGAGCCUGAUUCUGGCCGAGCCUCUUGACAUGCAGAGGAAACGACUGGCACGUUCAAAAUCUUCGGAGUCUUCAUCAAACUCCAAUGAGGCCACUACUAAAACUACUACAACUACAACAACCGCUGCAACUACAACAACUGCAGCUCCUGGAAACAUCACCCCUCAACUGAUUCAGCUGCUGCAGCUGCUGCAGCUGAACCCGCAGCAGCUGCAGCAGCUGCUGCAGCUGCUGCAGCUGAACCCGCAGCAGCUGCAGCAGCUGCUGCAGCUGCUGCAGCUGCUGCAGCUGAACCCGCAGCAGCUGCAGCAGCUGCUGCAGCUGCUGCAGCUGCAGCAGGCUCUGCGCUAACUAUAAUAAAAUAUUUUCAUCACAAUAAGCAAUGUGACAGCUGAUUACAAUUUGUCAUCAAGUCAGGUUUGUGUCCAUUUUAAAAUGUACUGAGGUAAAAAAAAAACAAAAAAACUGUGUUGUAUGACAAGGUGACUGUGCUUCUGUUAACAUGUGGAUACAAGUAAUUUGUGCUCUCAAGACUCCAUUAAAUGAAACUUCAAGAA